AUGGCUUCUGCUUUGCUUCAAUAUGUUGUUCCUCGUCUGGAUUCAUCCAUUUCGCUGGCCAUUUUAAACCUGCUUUUUGACAGGGUCCUUACAUUUUCGGUGUCAAAUAGCGUACAGUAUUUGAUUCUCAAGGAUGUGGUCUCAUCUUUAACCAACAAUGUGAGAAAUGCCGUCUCGACAAACUGGAAAAAAUCACUGAUUGAGACUUGUUUCUUGUUGGAUCUUUUUGAUGCUUCUAUUUUGCCAAAGUCCCAGCUUUCUGCUAGAUUGGACUGUUUCCGGGGCUUUUUAGAAAGCCUCAUUUUUUCGCUGGGAGCAUUCGAACCAAAUAUGCCCCCAGACCACCCAAACACACUUAAAUAUCUCAAUGCGCUUUUGCUUUUAUUUGUCUCUGUUUUGACCAAGCAACCGGCAAAAAUUUGCAUUAAGCUGGAAACAGAAUUUCCGCUUUCAAGAUUUUCAGGCUUUUGCUUCCAAGAUAACUUGGCCGCCGUGUUGACACUUCUAAAUGUACCCUUUGAUGGCGCUAAAUUCCCGCUGUUUUUGUUGUUUGUUUGUAAAAACAAUUCCAUGGUGCUUCCACCCUCGCUUGCGAUGCAGCGUUUGGGAGAUCUGUCCACCGUGAUGGGAUCUGCCUUAUCACACAGCUUUCUUUCCGUGUGCCGGUAUUUCCUGCGAUCAUCCAUCGUUCCUGACGGCUCGAAUAUAAGCUGCAUGGGAUUCUCCCAAUUUCUAUGUGAUAGUUUGCAGUGGUUCAAACUGUACACAUGCGAUCCGAUUGUUGCUGAAAACGCUGGCCCUCGCCACAUUGAGGACCACAAAAUCAGUUCACAGCUGUCUAUCAAUCUCAAUGAGAUUACAAAAAUCCUACCCAAAGUUACGUUGGGCACCACAGGCGUUGCCAUCAAUGGAGAGAUUGAAAACCACAUACACUCGCUGUCAAACUUUAUUAAAAGGGCAACCACGACACAGAAAGAUGAGCUCUCAAAAAAACUAAUCAGACUGAUAGAGACCAUUAACAACGAUGAAAUAAAUUAA